AUGAGUCGAAUCAGCGCGCCUGUCCAAGACUCCACCUCUGAGCCGCCGCGGCCUCGCCUCUUCCCACCGCCAGUCAAUAGCGCACCUACCAGUCCUCCGGCCAUGCGCUAUAAUACAAGGAGAUCACUUACCAUUGUCGGUGCAAGCUCUUCCAGAGGCCAAAAAUCAGAUAUCGGACCCCCAAAGAAGAAAGCAAAGGUCUCAGAGCCAAUCGUUCUGAUCGAGUCAUCUUCAGAGCCUGAAUCAGAGCCUAUGCCAUCUCCUCCGCCUACUGAAAAAUCUCCAUCGCCUGCUAAAAAAUCUCCACGGCUUGCUAAAAAGUCUCCACCGCCUACCAAGAAGCCUCAGCCAUCUCAGGCGCCAGCAAGAGAAUCUCAAAUUCCUUCGGAUAUGACUCCUGAGGAAGCCAUCAGACGCCCCAUGGUGACACAGCCGCCAAUUGCAGGAAAUCUGAAUUGCAGAGCAAGGCCAUUUCAUUCCGAGCUCUGUUUCGACAUAGCCACCUUCAGAAUUCAGCCUGAGCUCAGAGAGUCCUUUCGUCUGCUAUAG